AUGACUCACCUCAAAUUCGUCACCCUCGAUGUCUUCACAUCCACACCCUACUCCGGAAAUCCACUGGCAGUGGUAUUCCUCCCAGACGACUCAACCACUCUAACCCAGAGUCAGAAGCAAACUCUCGCUCGGGAAUUCAACUUAUCAGAGAGUAUCUUCGUCCACCCAGUACGUGAACAAGGCAAGCGAACCAUCGACAUCUUCACCACAGACUGCGAAAUCCCCUUUGCAGGCCAUCCCACCAUUGGCGCAGCCUCCUGGUUCUUGAGCCAUUCAACCGACCCCGCCGAUGGCGAUGGCGUCACCACCCUCGCGACCAAGUCUGGCGAUAUCCCCAUCUCCGUCCAGAAUCACGAAACCAAAUACGUCGCUGCGCAGAUUGCGCACAAUACGCGCAUCCAUGCUGCGCGAUUCGGCUUGAAAGAGUUGGUGAGGCUGCACCCGACGCUAGCACCGUUCUUUACGCGGCCGGAUGUUACUUUCCCGCUCUUUUCGAUUGUCAAUGGAAUGAGUCAGUUGUUUGUGGAGCUUCCUUCGCUUGAGGCGCUGGCUGCUGUUACGCCUGCGACCGGCGGGGAGCUGGUUUCUGCUGAUUAUCUUGACGAAGGUUGGAGAGUUGGGUUGAUCUGUGUGUACUUCCUUGUUCGGGAUGUUGAGGAUAGUGUCACCAAGAAGACAGUGAUUCGGUCUAGAAUGAUGCUGGGAACUCUGGAAGACCCGGCUACUGGCAGUUCGGCUAGUGGACUGGCAGCCUACUUGACGCUUACAGAGGGUGAGGCUGGUCAGAAUUGUCAGUAUCAUGUUGUGCAGGGUGUGGAAAUGGGACGCCGGAGUGAUAUUGGUGUUGGGGUCACUUUGGAUGGCGACAAGAGGAUCGAACAGGUUGUGCUGACAGGCACUGCUGUUAGCGUAUCUGAGGGAAAGGUACUGAUCCCUGAAUAA